GUUUAUUUCAUUAACCAUGCCGCGUGAAAUUGUUACUCUGCAAAUUGGGCAGUGUGGGAACCAAAUUGGAUUUGAAUAUUGGAAACAGUUAUGCGAAGAACAUGGCAUUCGUCCAGAUGGCAUUUUGCAGGACUUUGCCAAUGAUGGAACGGAUCGUAAAGACGUGUUUUUCUAUCAAGCAGACGACGACCAUUAUAUACCAAGAGCCGUGUUAAUUGAUUUGGAGCCCAGAGUUGUAAAUUCUAUCAAAAACUCUGAAUACUCGAACCUGUACAACCCUGAGAAUAUUUAUUUAUCUGAUCAUGGUGGCGGUGCAGGCAACAACUGGGCCGCUGGUUUUCAUGCUGGUGAAAAAAUCCAUGAAGAGCUGUUUGAUAUAAUAGACAGAGAAGCAGAUGGAUCAGACAACCUUGAAGGAUUCAUGCUAUGUCAUUCUACAGCAGGGGGUACUGGCUCUGGUCUUGGGUCUUAUAUGCUAGAGCGACUGAAUGACCGCUACCCAAAGAAGCUGAUUCAAACGUACAGUGUAUUCCCCAAUCAAGACGAGGUUUCUGAUGUUGUUGUACAGCCCUACAACACCAUGCUUACACUCAAGCGUCUCACACUGCAUGCCGAUGCAACUGUAGUUUUAGACAACACUGCACUAAACACUAUUGCUACAGAAAGAUUGCAUAUUCAAAAUCCUUCAUUUUCCCAAAUCAACAAAAUGGUGUCUACAAUAAUGUCUGCAAGCACUGCUACAUUAAGAUAUCCAGGAUACAUGAACAAUGAUCUGAUAGGUUUGGUUGCAUCACUCAUACCCACGCCAAGACUUCAUUUUCUCAUGACUGGGUACACCCCACUUGUGACCGACCAGGCUCUCACUUCUGUCCGCAAAACCACUGUGCUUGACGUGAUGCGAAGACUCUUGCAACCGAAAAACAUGAUGGUUUUCACUGGUAGACAAAGAAUGAACCAGCAUUGUUUUAUCUCUAUACUCAACAUCAUACAAGGUGAAAUAGAUCCAACUCAAGUCCAUAAAAGUUUGCAGAGAAUCCGAGAGCGAAAGUUGGCACAGUUUAUUCCAUGGGGCCCUGCAAGUAUACAGGUUGCUCUUUCACGGAAGUCACCUUAUGUUCCAUCAGCGCACCGAGUAAGUGGGUUAAUGUUGGCCAACCACACCAGUAUUAGUGCUUUGUUUAAACGAGCGUCUCGUCAGUUUGACAAGUUGAGAAAACGCGAAGCCUUUUUGGAGCAAUUCCGUAAAGAAGAUAUGUUCGCUGAGAAUUUGGACGAAAUGGACGCUUCAAGGGAGAUUGUUCAACAGCUUACUGAUGAAUAUGAAGCAGCAGCAACACCUGACUAUCUCACAUGGGGAGAAAAGGCAUCAUAAAUAUGGGCGGCCAGUUUAGGGUGGCAGGGUGUGCAGGCCUGCUUGGGAUUUUCUGCAUUGAUUAGUAAACAUUGGAACCAAAUUUGUUUCCAAGAAAUGCAUGUCGAACUAUCCCUACCUUUCCUUCGACAGUUUGGGGCCUGUGACCAUCAGCACAUGGAAAAGAUAGUACUUGGUCAAAAUACAUGUACAUUAUAAUUAGACAUUGGUGCUUAAAGGAACCGUUUCUACAUUUAACGGUUGAUUUUUUCUCAACCAUAAAAGCUGUUUGUUUUAUCUACACAAAAUCUGUAUAAACUUGCUUUGUAACUCUAUUGUAAGUUAAUCUAUAUGGGUGUGGUCCUACAUCGAGACACACUUAAUAUAUAUACCCAGGACUUAUGAGUUGGCAAUUACCCCAAUUUCCUUUGAUACAAAUUUCCAGCAACGCACUGCUUCUCUGCUGUUUAUACACACAUGAUACCACGCCUUUAUAUUCAACACAGUUUUUGGUUGCCAAAAUGUCCACACAUUCAGUUCAUGUUAUUAAUAUCAUUCAAUUUUGUGCUGCUUUUUGUUAGCUUUGUAUGAUUAGUGUAUGCUUACAUAUUUUUGUACCUUUAG